GCAGGCGCCAUGGCUCAUACAAAGGGUGCAGGUUUUGUUUUCUCUGUGAUCUUGGUAGCUUUGUUCAGCAAUGGCGCCUGCGAUACGCUUAACCGUACGAUUUUCCCGCAUGGGUUCAUCUUCGGUGCAUCCUCCUCAGCAUAUCAGUAUGAAGGUGCAGUUAAGGAAGGCGGUAGGGGGCCUAGCAUUUGGGAUACCUUCACCCACACCCACCCAGAGAAGAUUGCAGAUAGAACCAACGGUGAUGUCGCUGAUGACUUCUAUCAUCGAUAUAAGGAAGAUGUAGCCCGCAUGAAAGAAAUGGGUUUGGAUGCUUUUAGGUUUUCCAUUUCGUGGUCAAGAAUCCUUCCUGAUGGAAAUGGAAAAGUCAACGAAGAAGGCGUUCGCUACUACAAGCAGUUCAUCAACGAGCUUGUACAUAAUGGCAUAAAGCCAAUGGUGACGCUUCACCAUUGGGACUCUCCUCAAGCUCUCGAAGACCAAUACGGAGGCUUUCUCAGCCCACGUAUAGUGGAGGAUUAUAAAAGCUACACUGAUAUCUGCUUCAAGGAGUUCGGGGAUAGAGUAAAGCACUGGAUCACAUUCAAUGAGCCAUGGGCCUACUGCACCAACGGGUACGGUGGCGGUACGGAUGCACCCGGUCGGUGCACGCCUUCCGGCCCGGGAAAUUGCAAAGCUGGAGAUUCAAGCACCGAGCCUUAUACCGUGUGCCAUCACCUUAUACUGGCCCAUGCGGCGGCCGUCCGACAUUACAACGAACAUUACAAGGCAAAACAGAAGGGCACAAUCGGAAUAACACUGGUCACACCAUGGUUCGUUCCCUACACUGCUAGGGGGGUCGAUGUUGACGCCACACAGAGGGUCCUGGACUUCAUGUAUGGAUGGUUCAUGGAUCCUCUAACAAGAGGAGAUUACCCACAGAGCAUGAGAACUUACCUUGGGCAUCGCUUGCCGAGUUUCACCAAGGAGCACUCCGAAAUGGUGAAAGGAACAUACGACUUCAUAGGAAUCAAUUACUACAACGCAUUUUAUGCUCUCCAGCUUCCUGAUUCUGUUAGUAUUAACUCUACCUAUCUUAACGAUUCUCGAACGGCUUUGACAGUGGUCGAUCCUAAUAACAAGCCAAUAGGUCGUCAGGGUGGCACAUCUUUCUUCUACAUUUAUCCACAAGGGUUAUUGGAUCUUCUACAGUAUACAAAGAACAAAUAUAACAACCCACCCAUCUACAUAACAGAGAAUGGUGUAAGUGAGCUCAAUAACAACAGUAAACCACUCAAGGAAGCAUUGAACGAUGACGACAGAGUACUCUACCAUGUGGAACAUCUUGGUGCGCUAUACAAGGCCAUAAGGGAUGAAACGGACAAAGUGGACGUGAGAGGAUACUUCGUAUGGUCGUUUUUAGAUGACUUCGAAUGGGGAGGAGGUUUCAAAGUACGCUUUGGUCUACACUACGUGGACUUCAAGGAUAAGUUGACGAGACACUGGAAAAAAUCAGCUUGUUGGUACACGGAUUUCCUCGGAAAGUGCAUGAAAUGCAUUCCUGGGUGCAAGGCCAUUGCUAAUGACAAUUAGUUGCCAUUUUCUAAUUAUUAGGAGUUAAUUAGUUUUAGGGGUUGCUGUUUUCAGUGGUUUUUUUUUUUUUUGUUCCUUGAGAAAACCGUGUUGUUCGAUUCAUCGAGUACUGUAGUCCUUGAAACUUGUUGUUCGGUUCAUCGAGUACUGUAGUCUUUGAAACUUGUUUAAUUUGAGUACGUACGUAUUUGGUGGUGAUCGAUCUCAAGUUAUCUACGUUUUUUUUUUCUUUGUUCUGACUUGAGAACUAUUAAAUUCAGUGGCACUGAAGAAGUACGUCCAUUUUAAGUGACAAUAUUGAAUUGUUCGGC